GCGGCGGCGGGGGGGGCCGGGGCUCCGCGCACCGGCCCGUGGUGAUCGUGCACGGGCUCUUCGAUGGCCCCGGGGACUUCCGGGCCCUGCGGGGAUUCAUCGCGGAGAGCCACCCUGGCACCGAGGUCACCGUCCUGGACCUCUUUGACCGGGGGGCGUCGCUGCGGCCGCUAUGGGUCCAGGUCGAGGGCUUCCGGAGGGCGCUGGAGCCCAUCAUGGCCAACGCGGCCGAUGGGGUGCACCUGGUGGGGUACAGCCAGGGGGGCCUCAUCUGCCGGGCGCUCUUGGCCACGACCCCCAACCACAACGUGCACAGCUUCAUCUCGCUGGCGGCCCCACAGAUGGGGCAGUAUGGGGACACCGACUACCUCAAGUGGCUCUUCCCCCGGCACAUGAAGUCCAACCUGUACCGGCUGUGCUACACCCCCCUGGGCCAGGGCGUCUCCAUCUGCAACUACUGGAACGACCCCCACCACCGGGACCUUUACCUGAACAGCAGCAACUUCCUCGCCCUGCUCAACGAUGAGAGAUUGCAUCCCAAUGCAUCCGCCUGGAAGCGGAACCUGCUGCGUAUCCGGAGCCUGGUGCUGAUCGGGGGCCCCGACGACGGCGUCAUCACCCCCUGGCAGUCGAGCUUCUUUGGCUUCUACGAUGCCAACGAGACCGUGCGGGAGAUGCAGGCGCAAGAGGUUUACUCCCAGGACUCCUUUGGGCUCCGCUCAUUGGCCGCCCGGGGGGCACUUGGGGGGUGCUCGGUGCCGGGGGUCCCGCACACGGCCUGGCACCAACUGCGCCCCAUCUACGAGCGCUGCAUCCGGCCCUGGCUCACCUGAGCUGG